AUGAAUCAGGGAUUCGAAGCGAACUCCACCGCACUUGAGAUGCACAUGAACGGUCUUAAAAUAAUCAUCAACCUGCUUGGCGGGUUAGAUAAUCUUGAUAGCGAAACACAAGCUUCGCUAUAUAGACUUAUUCUUCGAUAUCUCAAGGGCCUGGGAAGCAAAGGUCCACCGGGAAAUCGCCCAAAUAACCACGCAUACGACUACGAAGAAGACGCAUUCCUCCCCCCUCGCAUCCUCAUUCACCAAUACGACGUGGUUCAAUUCGUUAUCCCCCCGCUUAAAGGUUCUAAUCAAGUCCCUAAAAUGGAUAAUCCUUAA